UGCUAGAGGUGGGGGUACCCUUUUUUUUUAAGGAGAAAAGCUUGGAAACAAAUUCAAGAGAAUUUUUCAUGUCUUUAAAGCAGGUCGGCCGGAUCGGUGAGGAGUACUUUGCCCGGUUGGUGAAGUCAAAGGAUGAGGAGAAGGCCCGGAUGGAGGCCAUGAUGUUCGAAUGCCGGAAAGAGGCCCAGGCCGCCCGUGCCAAGGCGGAGAAGGUGGAGGCGAAAUGGAUGGAGCACUGCACGGUCUAUCGCCAGCACUAUGCCAAGCACGAUGGUCUUCUCAAGGCCGCGAAAGAGGCCGAGGAUCAAGCUCAGGAGAAGAUCCAAAAGCUGGGGGCCGAGAACGCCUGGUCUGCUGAGGAGAUCGCUCGGCUGGAAGACGAGCUGGCAAAGGAGCGGGCGGAGCGUGCUGCCCUUGCUGCUGCCUGGGCUGUUCAAGAGCCUGAGGAGUUCGCCGCUCAGGCGCUACCUGACCGGGAGACAGCCAUCCGCUUCUUCCAAGGUUUAUACAAGUACAAAGUCUCGACCGGGAUCGUCGACGAGAUCGGAACCUUCGACUUUGAGAGCAGUCAGUACACCGAGCGGCAGGCCCUCUAUCGCAUUCUUGAGCAUAGGAUCCAAGGUUUUCAGCCCAAGGCCCUUUCUCUGCCCGAGCUGCAUGACGAAGCGCCGGUCCCUCCAUUCUCAGGAAUCUGAUCUAUCCUGCCUUCUCCUAGAUAUAUUUUUUAUUUUCUGAUGUAAUGAUCUGCCUCCGAGCACUUUUUUGUAAGACGUCUAAAUAUUAAUGCAAGUGCUUUUCUUCUAUAUUGUGUGCUGAGUGCUAAGUACUUUACUCUAAGUCAUCUAAAUUUUCUUCAACUUAAGAUUUUUAACCAUUUAGAUUAGUAAAUAAUAGCCCGGCUG